AUGGCAAGAUAUGGUAUAUGUGACAAACUUGUCACUGACAACGGGCCUCAAUUCUCCGCAGAAUUAUUUUCAGACUUUGCUAAAGAAUGGGUAUUCUCGCAUGUUACAUCCAGUCCCUUACAUCCUAUUAGCAAUGGUCUUGCCGAGAAAACGGUUUCAAUUGUCAAGCGCAUUUUCACGAAAGCGCACGAAAGUGACAGGGACCCAUGUUUAGCUAUACUUGAGUAUAGAAACACCCCUUUGGAAUGUGGAUUCUCCCCUAACCAAUUAUUAAUGGGUAGAAAAACAAAAUCCAUUUUGCCCAUUACAGACGCUCAACUUCAGCCCAAAACUGUCAGCCCAAAACUUGUCAGUGAGAAAAUGCAUCAAAUAAAACAAAAACAGAAAUCUCAUUAUGACAAGACCGCCAAAAAACUGCCGCCUCUCAGCUUAAAUGAGUCUGUUCGAAUACAGGUUAAUAAGACAUGGGAACCAGCCAAGGUUAUCAAAAUUCACAAUGACCGAUCCUACUCUGUGCAGACACCAAGGGGUGGUAUUUAUCGCAGAAACAGGUGUAAGCUAAACAAAACAAAGGAAAAUUUCCCAGAUAUUCAAGAAUUCUCUCCAGAAAUCCUUGCCCAAAAUCGCCAUGAAGAACCCCUCCCUUUACAAAAUGAUAGGGAAAUUCCUACAGCAGACGAUGCUGACCCAUCAUCGACCCCUGAUAAGCCCAGCCAAACUGAACAUUAUGUAACACGAUCAGGCAGGGAAGUUAAAUCCAAUAGACGGUAUUACAAUGAGAACUAG